AUGGGCGGCGACGACGACGCCGACGACGGGCUCGCGAGCUGGACGGCUAUUAGGCAACGGUACUCCCGCGAGGACCGCAACUCUCGGCCGUCGCCCGUGCGAGCGCGAGCGCGUCGGAGGCACCGUCAGAGUGGCGGAGCGCUCGCAGAUGCUGACGAGCGCCGGCCGGCCGUCGACGAGCGCGGCGCGGCGGAUGAGGCGGUGUCGUCAGUCGCCAGCAGCAGCCCCAGCAGCAGCAGGAUGCGGCGCCACGAGGGGAGCGGCAGCCCACGGCGCGGCCAGGCGGCGGCGUUCCGCGUGCUGUCGCCGGGCCGGCAGCCGGCGCGCUGCGAGCCGCGGGCCGCGCAGCCGGCGCCGCCGCCGUCGCGCGCGCCCGAGCCCUACAAGCUCGCCGCGCCCGGGCGCAGCCAGCGCCGCUCGGCCUUCGCCAUAAUCGCCGAGGCGCCGCGCGGCGCCGAGCGCGACGACGCCCCCGGGCCCGCCGGGCUGCCCGCCUCCGGCCGGGUCUCGCCCUUCCGGGGCCGCGGCUUCAAGGGGCCGCCGCCCCGGUCCAGGUCCAGGCCGCGCUCGCCGCCCAGAGGCAGCUCCGCGCACGCCAGCCCGAGGCGCAGCUCCAGCCAGAUCCCGCGGCCGGCCAACGGCGGCAGGGCGGCGCCGCUGGGCGCCAGCCGCGAGGACCUGUCGCGCGGGGCGUCGCCCAGGUUCGGGCGGCGCGCGGCCGCCGGCAGCCAGCGCAUCGCGGCCAGCCCCGGGAGGAACGGCCAAGGCGUCAAGACGCCCGGCAAGGGGCCACCCGUCGCCGCCAACGGCAAGCUCAAGCAGAAGCCAACGGGUGCGAGCGAAGAGAUCAACAACAAGCUGUUGCGUCUGCCGCCGAAGAAUCUGCCGAGUGGCAAGAGGUUCGUCACUGCCAACAACAACACCAACAACAGCAACAACAGCAACAACAGCCACAGCAACAACAACGGCAACGACAACGGCAGCAGCAAUAACAACAACAAUAGCAACAACGUUAGUGGCAACAGCACCAACAACAGUGUGAACCGCGCAAACGUGGCGCCGCGAGUCAAGCAUCAGCAGCAGCAGCAGCAGCAGCAGCAGCAGCAGCAGCAGAAUGGCACGGUCGACGGCUCGGUCGAGUCGCCGUCGAAGAUACCGUUGCGAAACGGCAACGCGUCGCUCGGCGCCUCCAGGGAGGUGCUCGACAAGGCCGUCAAGCAGAAGGACACCAAGAGCAACGGCCACGACGAGAGGGACGCCCGCGAGGCCGCCGGCAAGACGGACCAGCCGGCAAGCGACGAGCAGCCGGAGCUCCAGCUCGUCGACCUCCUGAAGCAGUCGUCGAGCGCGACCGGCACGCAGAGCGUGGUCAACACGACGACGACCACGGCGGUGCAGCCGCUGCAGAUCGACGCGGCCUCGAUACUCGCCGAGGCCGAGCUGGUGGCCAAGCUGAGCAGCCUGGAGCGGAAGCAGCGCGAGCUGGAGGCCCGCGGCGCGGAGGAGGCGCGCGCGCGCAAGGACCCGGCCGACGAGCGCCCGAGGAACGGACCCUACACCCAGGCCAUGAUCAAGCACUUCGGGCCCGGCGCGGCGAGCGCCGAGGAGCAGCGCGCCGCCGCGGGCCCGCAGCCGGAGCCGCGCCAGGGGGCGCCGGGCGAGGGCGCCGAGCGGCCGCCGGCCGCUCGUGCGCCGCGCUCGCGCUCGCCCCGUUCCGCCGCUCGGCAGGAGGACGGCGCGGCCUCGCCGGGGGGCGGCCCGGCGCGCGGCAGCCCGCCGGCCUCGCCGCGGGCCCGCGACGCCCGGCCCGCGACGCCCGGCUCGCCGGGCAGCGUCCGCUCCGCCGACACGGGCGUCAGCCUGGACACCGUGCGGGGCGUGUCGUCGGCCAGGGAGAGGAGCGGCGUGCACGCGGUCAAGCGGCCAGAGCAGAUCCAGAGCCUCAGCGGCAACGUGGUGCAGGCCGACGGCAACGGCGAGCCAGCCAGCACCACUGAGCCGGCAGCCGCGCGCCAGUCGCGCCACUCGACCGCGAGGAUGCUCGGCGAGCUGACGCUCGUCGCGGCGCUGCUCGCCUGGGGCGGCGCGGCCCUCGGGGCCGCGCGCCAGCGCUUCACCGUCGAGCAGCUGCUCGGCAGCGAGUUCCCCGUGCUCAGCAGCAACGACUUCGACCUGGACAUCUGCAAGGCGGCCGAGUUCCUGGGCGACAUCGCGCUGCCGGACGCCGCGAGCGCAUCUGGGACCACGGCGUGA